GAGUUGAAAAAAAAAUGUAUCGCUGGCCCUUUCGUUCGCGCCGCGCGAAUGCAGGCGCGUCGAAUAAAUUCCUGUCCACAAAGGUUCCAAGAAGCGAGAACGCGCUUCCGGUAGUUACUCCUUAUUCGCGCCGUAUAUGUGCGUUGUAAUUGUCCCGCCGCUAUUAUACACGCAACGUUACGUAAGCGGCCGCUUCUGAGCCGAUGAUGAGGCUUUAAGGAAGCCAUUAUGGCGUUUUGUUUCCAGGCGAACGUGAGCCAGGCCGAGUACGAGAGAGCGCACAGAGAGUACCUGAAACAAGUGCAGCUGUCGCACGACGGGCAGAGGCUAAGAACGCGACGGGACCUCCAUGUGUUCCAGGCCGCUGAACAUCCGGGGAACAAGUCGAGCCUCGGCUUCAGCCGGCGAGGAGGGUACCACCGGCACUCCCUGUACUUCCCCGUCGCGAUUUCCGGCGACGCGGAGGACGUCACGGUCGAUCACGCGUCCCUGAGAUUCCUUCUCCAAGGCGACCACAGACGUCCGCGCGACCUCGAGGCGCUGGUCUAUCUCCGCACGCCGGUCUCCCGGCGUCUUCUGCUGCGGCGCGGGAUUCCGCAGGGCGAGCCGACGAGCUCCCGAUGGCUCGAGCUGGACUCCACCGAGGCGGCCGCGAGCUGGCUCGAGCACGGCCUGGAGAACCACGGCCUCGAGCUGGAGUUCCUGCACGACGGCCGGCCGGCGCGGCGCGAGGUCGCCCACGCGACGUUGAACGUGUUCGCCACGUCGGAGCCCGGAGGCAGGCGAAAGCGAUCCACCCCCGAGGAGCUGAUGCCGCUGCACAAGGGCCGGCGCAGCAAGUGCAAGGACAACAACAACAAGAAGUGCUGCCGGCACGAGCUGACGGUCAUGUUCAAGGACCUGAAGGGCUUCGAGUUCAUCGUUUACCCGAAGAGCUUCGACACCGGCUACUGCAAGGGCCGCUGCCCGCCCCGCUACAACCCGGCGCACCAUCACGCCCUGCUGCAGAGCCUGCUGUGGAAGGAGGACCGGAAGAGGGUGCCCAAGCCGUGCUGCGCGCCCAGCAAGCUCGACCAGCUGAUGAUCGUCUACUUCGACGAGAACGACUCGACGCAGCUGAAGGUGUCCUACUGGAAGAAUAUCCAGGUGCUGGAGUGCGCCUGCUCGUGAAAGAGAGGAAAUAAAGGAAGAGGAAGGGAGCGCGAAACAGUCUACCGUGGCCGAGGACUCACCAAAGAAUCGUCCGAAUUGCGGUUCGGUGAUGCCGCACAUAUUCGCGUUAAGAUACUACUACUAAUAAUGAAUAUACUGAUAAUGACGAAAGUAAAAAAAAAUAAAAUAUACAAUUAUACAGUCGUUCGAGCGGCUCUAGGAUUUCCGUGCAUUUCCGCGAUUCCUUUAUAGACUUCCAUUAUUUCUCUCUUCUCGUUUUUGGUAUGAUUCGGACGAUCCGAGGCAUCACCGAACACUCAGAUCCUGUAGCUCGCUCAGGGUCUCGCAUCGACUGUGAUACUAACGAUAUUUACUUGUCAUUAUAUUCCUUAUCACAUUAGCGAUCGUAUUUUAUAUUAUUAGGACAUUCUCGCUGUAUCCCGGGUCCGGUUGAGAGAAAGCGAAUCGUCGACAAGAACGUUGAUACGGCUUUCCUUUUCAGCCGGGCGAGCGUCUCUCCCGUACGAAGAAACGCCAUAACGUCAUCGUGUAUCUAUAACGCAUACCCUCUAUCUGUUAAUUUAUUACCAUCACGUAAGCUCCUGCGAAACGAGCUGGUCGAUGUCUAUUAACGUAAUUUUUGUGACGCAAGCUAAAAUCUUCGCUCUACCGAACCUUUGUUUUGUAUCGAGGUUUUUGUUAGUUCCUAUAGGAUAUUACGACUAGAAUCUCUAGAGUAUCCCGAGUAAAUCUCUCGAUCCCCUUCCCUCCUCCCUCGAAUGCAGUCUAACGAUCGCGAACACGUAUUACGUUGUUGCAAAAAUUUCGAUGCGUUUUCUGCGAGAUCCGCCGCACGCUAAUCUCCAUGCAUGCGUGAAUUUGCAGUUCUAUCUGAGAUAAUAUAUUCGCAUUUUAUCUACGAAGUAACGUAUAUCGUAAAUUUAUUGAGCGCGCGACAAGAUCGAGAAAAUGUCUUACUAAUGCGUCGAUAUAUCAAAUUGUAUAAAAAUUUAUGAUCACGCACACUAUUGUAAAUUAUAAUCUAAUUAACCACCCA